AUGUGCCCUGUUGCUCGCCGUACACAAGGAAGCCCUAUUGACAGUGACCAGUGCAUUAGCUUCGUCUAUUUCUCCCAGCUUACCAUCAUCAUCGGCUCCGGCUUCCUCGCGCCGCCCAUCGGGGCCUUCUUCGGCGACUCCUCCAAGAACGCGUGGUUCAACCAGUCUAUCAACCUCCUCUCCGUCGCCAUGUGCCUGCCUGUUUCCCAGAUGGCAGACUAUUGGGGCCGUAAAUGGCUUCUUGCUGUGUUGCUCGCUGUCGGCUUCGCCGGCACUAUAGUUAUUUCUCGUGCCCAGAAUAUUGCUACUGUCAUUGGUGGGUUUGUAUUGGUUGGUAUUAACUAUGGCUGCCAGCCUAUCUUAUUCGCUGUACCAUCUGAGGUUCUACCCAGAAAUAUGCGGCCUUUGGCCCAGGCCACUAUUAGCAUAUCCUCUAGCAUUGGAGGGUACCUCGGUCUUAUUAUCGGCGGUGCUCUUCUUCGAUAUAACAACCUCGAGAACUACCGCAUUUACUUCUAUAUCGUGGCUGCUUUCUUUGGCAUGUCGUUUCUUGGCGUCGUGUUUUUUUACUCGCCACCCCCAAGAGAAGACCAGGUCGCUUUCGGGCUCAAGGAAAAGCUCGGAAAACUCGACUGGGUCGGUUAUAUCCUCAUCGCGUCCGGGUUGACCUUGUUCUGUAUAGCCCUCGCCUGGUCUGAUAACCCUUAUUCUUGGACAGAUGCACAUACUCUCGCGCCCUUCAUUUUAGGAAUUGUUCUCAUCAUUGCCUCCAUCUUCUAUGAAUGGCGUAUCAAGAUUGACGGCAUCGCCAACCAUGCUAUUUUUGCCCACCGCAACACCGCUAUCGCGCUUCUAGCCAUGUUUCUCGAUGGAGUCUCUUUUUUUACUGCUAAUAACUAUUUCGGCCAACAGUUUAGUAUGUUUACUGGAAGCGAUUUGCUGAUCUCGGGCUUGGCUUUUGGUAUGCUGUUUAUCUUGGGUGGCAUAUCCUCAGUUGCCUUUGGCUGGGUAUCAACCAAACUCCGCAUCGUCCGCAUACCCGGCGCAGUCUCUUUGGCUUCCAUCUGCCUUUACAAUGCCCUCAUGGCAACUACAAAACCAUCGACACCAGAGGCUAACUACUGGGGCUAUAUGGUCUUUGCCGGAGUCGGUCUCGCAGGUAUUACCCCAACCAUGAUGGUUGCUGCACAGUUAACCACGCCUCCGGAGCUCAUCGCCCUAGUUUCCGGCCUUAUAACUAUUGCACGGUCCGUCGGCGGUGUCGUCGGCCUUGCCAUCAACAGCGCCAUAUUCAAUAAUACCCUCUCCUCGGAGCUUCCCGACAAGAUCGGCGCGGCAGCCACCUCUCUCGGCUUUCCCGGGUCGUCUCUCGAAAGGUUGAUCGCAGCUAUUAUAAGCCAAGAUAGUAUCGCUCUCGGCGAUAUCCCUGGUGCCACUGCUGAUAUCAUCAACGCGGCUCAAGCCGGCCGGUUGGAAGCGUAUGCACUCGCCUUUAGGAACUGCUGGAUUGCUUCUGCCUGCUUCUGUAUACCUGGUGUGAUCGUUACGCUCUUCCUGAAAGAUCCUAGGACGGAGUUCAAGUCGCACAUUGACGCUCCGGUCGAGGUCCAGUUAGCGGAGGAACAGAAGAGAGGGAAGGUGAUUCAUUUGGAAGAUGUAAAUGAUGGCAGAGACGACGCUUGA